GGUGGUAAACUACAGGAAGUGUUGAAAAGCGCGUACCCAGGCUACUCUCGGAGGCGGCGGGUGUGGUGCGCACUGGGUUCGUGGAGCGCUCGAGUUAAAGGGUGAUCUGCUAGAGAGUGAUCUCUAGGCAAAAAUCAGAAAGGAAAUUUACUUGAAUCAAGCAUGAUGGAUCCAUGUUCAGUUGGAGUCCAGCUUCGGACCACAAAUGAGUGCCAUAAAACCUAUUAUACUCGUCAUACAGGUUUCAAGACUUUGCAAGAAUUGUCAUCAAAUGACAUGCUUCUACUUCAACUGAGAACUGGAAUGACACUUUCUGGGAACAAUACAAUUUGCUUCCAUCAUGCAAAAGUUUACAUCGACAGAUUUGAAGAUUUGCAGAAGUCAUGUUGUGACCCAUUUAACAUACACAAAAAACUAGCCAAGAAAAAUUUACAUGUAAUUGAUUUAGAUGAUGCCACUUUUCUGAGUGCAAAAUUUGGAAGACAGCUUGUACCUGGUUGGAAGCUUUGUCCAAAAUGUACACAGAUAAUCAAUGGAAGUGUGGAUGUUGAUUCUGAAGACCGGCAGAAAAGAAAACCUGACUCAGAUGGAAGAACUGCUAAAGCUUUGAGGUCAUUACAAUUUGCAAACCCAGGAAAGCAGACUGAAUUUGCUCCAGAAACUGGUAAAAGAGAAAAAAGAAGGCUUACCAAAAAUGCAACAGCUGGUUCAGACAGACAAGUGAUCCCGGCAAAGAGUAAGGUCUACGAUAGCCAGGGUCUCCUGAUUUUCAGUGGAAUGGACCUCUGUGACUGCCUCGAUGAAGACUGCUUAGGCUGUUUCUAUGCUUGUCCUGCCUGCGGUUCUACCAAAUGUGGUGCCGAAUGCCGCUGUGAUCGAAAGUGGCUGUAUGAGCAAAUUGAAAUAGAAGGAGGAGAAAUAAUUCAUAACAAACAUGCUGGAUAAUUUGUGGUGUCCGAUUGUGACCCUUUCUGUAUUUCUAAAGUUCUAUAAUUCUAAGAUACAUAUUAAAGUUUGUUUUGCCAAAUGACACACAUGUACUCAGUGUGCACUAACACUGCCUUUGGGGUACCUGAAGGAGAAUUAUUUGAUGUAAAUUUAGAUGGACUGUUCUAUUACUCGGCAGUCAGCUCUUCAAGCCUUUCUGGGUCAAUGUAAGAAAGUAAUGUAUAGGCAGUCCUCUUUACAACUCCCAUGUCCAUAAAUUUCCAUGGCACUGAUACAGUUAAACAAACCAGUUCCUUAACAGCAA